UGCAGGCCCUUCUGGGCAGCCGCCUUCUCCAGGGUCCCACAGCAGGCCUGCCCGCUUCACUUUCAGGUUUCUCGCAGUGCCUUCCUGCUCCUCUCUGCUACCCCAUCCUGACAGUUUUCCAUUUUCCUGUUUUCCUUCCUGGCUGGUGGCAGUGAGGGCUGUGCCCGGUGGGCCCCGUGGAGAUGCUCAGUGCUUGGAAUCGCCGGGACCGGCCCCCUGAAGAGGGGGCAGCUGCGGGGCUCCAGGGCUUCACCGUGGACAAGACGUUCCUCUCGUCCCUCAAAGGCAUCCUGCUGGAAACUGAGCUGGCCCUGACCUUCAUCAUCUUCGUCUGUUUCACGGCCUCCAUCUCUGCCUACAUGGCUGCUGCGCUACUGGAGUUCUUCAUCACACUAGCCUUCCUCUUCCUCUACGCCACCCAGUACUACCAGCGCUUCGAUCGGCUGAACUGGCCCUGUCUGGACUUCCUCCGCUGUGUCAGCGCCAGCAUCAUCUUCCUGGUGGUCUCCUUUGCGGCUGUGACCUCCCGGGAUGGAGCUGCCAUUGCUGCUUUUGUUUUUGGCAUCAUCCUGGUUUCCGUCUUUGCCUACGAUGCCUUCAAGAUCUACCGGACUGAGAUGGCACCCAGGGCCACCCAGGGGGACCAGUAGUGAUACUGGGGCUACCUGGCUCCUGAGCCCAGCCAGAAAAGGGGGACAGCAGAGCCCAGACACGUCUCCUUUGGACUCACUAGCUCCCCAGCCUACUGUCCAUCACCCCAGCCUACAGCGAUGGAGCCAGGCCUGAGAAGUCACCGGGGAUUUGUCUGUGGGACCUGGUGUUCUGAGAUCUGGCUUCUGAUGAAGCUCGGCCAGGGAGGGGGUGUUAUGGACGAAGGGGAGGGUACAGGAGGAAGCUGGUCAUUCCCAAAUUAAAAGACUUGAAUCCUA